AUGGGUUCCCGUAGCCAAGGCUUCUUCCACCACCACCACCAUCGUAGCUCCAUGGUGCCCACUAUGGUGCCGAGGCUGCUCCCCGAGAACGGCAGCCUGCUCGGGGGCAUUGCGCAAAUCACCCCCAACCUCUACCUCAGCAGAGGGAACGUGGCAUCCAACCGCAGCCUGCUGCUGUCUAAAGGCAUCACCUGUGUGGUCAACGCCACCAUUGAGCUCCCCAACUUCAACUGGCCUCACAUGGAGUAUGUGAAGGUCCCUCUGGCGGAUAUGCCCCACUCCCCCAUCUCCCUGUACUUCGACAGCGUGGCUGAUAAGAUCCACAGCGUGGGACGAAAGCGCGGUGCGGUGCUGGUGCACUGUGCGGCGGGGGUGAGCCGCUCGGCCUCUCUGUGUCUGGCGUACCUCAUGAAGUAUCACCGUGUGUCUCUGGCCGAGGCCCACGCCUGGGUCAAAGCCCGCCGCCCCAUCAUCAGGCCCAACGGUGGCUUCUGGCGCCAGCUCAUCGAGUACGAGAGGAAGCUGUUUGGUCGAAACUCUGUAAAGAUGGUGCAGACGCCCUACGGGGUCAUACCUGAUGUUUAUGAGAGGGACCGCAGGAGCCUGGCUCCGUACUGGGUUAUGCAUACACAUUUUCCCCAAGAGACAUCUUCAGAUGUCAAAGAAACGUUCUGUCAUUCAUUUUCAUUUGCUGUGGCUACAGAGCAGCAGGCAGAUAUUGAUGAGCGCCAUUUGUCUUGUGCCCACACUUCUGAGGGACCUCCGGAGUGGUCUCCACAAUAAAUGCCAUUACCCAUAAAGGGACUGAUGACAGGCCAACCACAGUGGAGAGGCACAAGUGAUGGGCCAAAUUACACUGCACACUAUUUUCUCAUGGCAAAACAUGACGUUUCGAGGGCAUAG